AUGUAUGUGAAGCAGAUCAUCAUCCAAGGCUUCAAAAGCUACAAGGACCAAACCGUUAUCGAGCCAUUUUCUCCCAAACACAAUGUCAUUGUCGGCCGCAAUGGAUCUGGCAAGAGUAACUUCUUCGCGGCCAUUCGCUUUGUCCUGAGCGAUGCCUACACCCAUCUCGGUAGAGAGGAGCGUCAAGCUCUUUUGCACGAAGGUUCCGGUUCCGCUGUGAUGUCCGCUUAUGUCGAAAUCAUCUUCGAUAAUUCCGACGAUCGAUUUCCUACCGGCAAGCCCGAGCUUGUUCUCCGCCGUACAAUCGGUAUCAAGAAGGACGAAUAUACUCUUGACCGCAAGAAUGCCACCAAGAACGAUGUCAUGAACCUCCUCGAGUCUGCUGGUUUCUCUCGGUCCAACCCUUACUAUAUUGUGCCGCAGGGCCGAGUCACUGCAUUGACCAACAUGAAGGACUCCGAGCGGCUAGUUUUGCUCAAGGAGGUCGCUGGUACCCAGGUCUACGAAGCACGUCGGUCGGAGUCUCUCAAAAUCAUGAAUGAAACCAACAGCAAGCGCACCAAGAUUGACGAACUUCUUGACUACAUUAAUGAGCGACUUGCUGAACUCGAAGAAGAGAAGGACGAACUGCGAAGCUACCAGGACAAGGAUAAGGAACGUCGUUGCUUAGAGUACACCAUUUACUCGUUAGAACAGCAGGAGAUCGGCAAAGUCCUUAACGAAAUCGAUGAGCGCCGGCAAAAUGGCGUUGAGGAUGCCGAUAAUAACCGCAACCAAUUUAUUCAAGGCGAAAAGGCCAUGGCUCAGAUUGAUGCUGAGAUCGCCGAAUGCCGUCAGCAGAUUGAGUUCCUAAAGGUUGAUAAGGCUCAGCUUGAAGACGAGCGCCGUGAAGCAUCCAAGAUCUUGGCCCAAAACGAACUCCAGGCCAAGGCUCUCUCUGACAACCAGGCCGCCGCGCAGGCACUGAAAUCGCGAUACGAUGCCGACCUAACGACUGUUCAAGGGGCCAUCCGUGAGCGCGAAGCCGAACACCAAGAAAUUCUCCCUCGAUUCAAUGCGCUGAAGGACCAAGAAGAUACUGUGAAGUCCCAGCUCACAGACGCCGAAACAUCCCGCCAGCGAUUGUACGCGAAGCAGGGCCGGAACGCCCGAUUCAAGAACAAGUCCGAGCGUGACAAGUGGUUGAACAUGGAAGUUCGCGAGACCCAUAACUCAAUCAAAUCUGUUCAGGGUGUUGUCUCUCAAACACAAGAAGAUAUCCAGGAGCUGGAAUCCGAAAUUGCUGCCCUCGAGCCCGAGACGGAACGCCUGCGUGAACAGAUUGAUGGCCGAGGCGACACAAUGCAUUCUGUGGACGAAAAGGUGCAACAUGCUAAGGAUGAAAGAGAUCGUCUGAUGGACCAGAGAAAGGAGCUCUGGAGAGAAGAGGCUAAGCUGGACUCUGUCCUCAGUAACGCAUCCCAGGAAGUCGAUCGGGCUGAGCGCAAUCUCUCGUCGAUGAUGGAUAACAACACAAGCCGCGGAACAGCCGCCGUGCGCCGCAUUAAGCGCCAGUAUAACCUUGAGGGUGUUUACGGUACUCUUGCCGAGCUUUUCGAUGUGAAUGAGAGGUAUCGCACCGCCGUCGAAGUCACCGCUGGACAGAGUCUAUUCCACUAUGUCGUUGACACCGACGAGACCGCCACCGCUGUCCUGGAGAUUCUCCAAAAGGAGAAAGCCGGCCGUGUGACCUUUAUGCCUUUGAACAGACUUCGAUCCAGACCUUUGAACAUGCCCCGCGCCAGUGACACAAUACCGAUGAUCGAGAAGUUGCAGUAUGACCCAGCAUACGAGAGAGCCUUCCAGCACGUGUUUGGCAAGACUAUUAUCUGCCCCAACUUGCAAGUUGCAUCGCAGUACGCGCGCAGCCAUGGCGUCAAUGCUAUCACCCCUGAAGGUGAUAGAUCAGACAAGCGUGGUGCUUUGACUGGUGGAUACCACGACUCUCGCUCCUCGCGAUUGGAGGCAGUCAAGGGACUAGGAAAGUGGCGAGAUGAGUUUGAGACGAAGAAGAGCCGUGGUAGUGAAAUCCGAAAGGAGUUGGAGCAACUCGAGCAGAAAAUUACCAAGGCUAUAGGUGAAUUGCAGAAGCUUGAACAGCAAAGACACCAAGUCCAGAACAGCAGUGGUCCUCUGCGACAAGAACUGCGUGGCAAACGUGAUCUCCUUGAGAAGAAGAAUGGUACUCUCGACGCCAAACGCCGUGCCCUUCGGACAUUGGAGUCCAACCUUGCAGCUUUGAACGACCAAGUCAGUUCAUUCCAGGCGGAAUUAUCGACGCCUUUCCAGAAAGCUCUCACCGGCGAAGAGGAGCAGCGACUGGAAACCUUGAGCAGCACAGUACAAGAACUUCGUCGCCAAUACCAAGAGCUUUCCGGCCAGCGCAGCGAGCUCGAGGCCCGCAAGUCAGUACUGGAAGUCGAGCUUCGAGAGAACCUCAACCCUCGUCUUGAUCAACUUCUCAACAGAGACGUUGACAUUGCGGACGAAGAGGUCCAGGGCAACCUGAAAGAGACACAGCGCGAAGUGAAGCGCCUGGGCAAGGCCUUGGAGAAACUCAACACACGGCUGCAGCAAGUUGACACCUCAAUCGAGGAAGGCACUGCUCGCGUCGUGGAGCUGCAACAACGUAAUGCAGAGACCCGACGAGAGAUCGAAGAGCUUGCUCGCUCUAUUGAGAAGCACCAGCGUCGUAUGGAGAAGAGCAUGCAGAAGAAGGCAGCGCUCACCAAGCAAGCUGCUGAAUGUGCGGCCAACAUUCGUUCCCUGGGUGUUCUUCCCGAUGAGGCAUUCACGAAGUACCAAAACACCGACUCCAACACUGUUGUCAAGAAGCUCCACAAGACCAACGAGGCUCUCAAGAAGUAUUCUCAUGUCAAUAAGAAGGCGUUUGAGCAAUAUAACAGUUUCACCAAACAGCGUGAGACUUUGACUACUCGUCGUUCCGAGCUGGAUGCAUCACAAAAGUCCAUCGAUGACCUCAUUUCGGUCCUUGAUCAGCGUAAGGAUGAGGCUAUUGAGCGGACCUUCAAACAGGUCUCCAAGGAGUUCCACAAUGUGUUCGAAAAGCUUGUUCCAGCUGGUCGUGGUCGUCUCAUCAUCCAACGCAAGACAGACCAUACUGCGCGACCUGGCGAAGAGGUCGACUCCGAUGACGAGGACGCCCGCCAGAGUGUUGAGAACUAUGUUGGUGUGGGUAUCAGUGUCAGCUUCAAUAGCAAGCACGAUGACCAGCAACGUAUCCAGCAGCUCAGUGGUGGACAGAAGAGUCUUUGCGCCCUUGCACUUGUUUUCGCCAUCCAGGCUUGCGAUCCCGCGCCAUUCUAUCUAUUUGACGAGAUCGACGCCAACCUGGACGCCCAGUACCGGACAGCCGUUGCGCAGAUGCUCAAGUCUAUCUCGGACUCUACUAACGGACAAUUCAUUUGCACCACUUUCCGACCGGAGAUGCUGCAUGUGGCCGAGAAGUGUUACGGUGUCAGCUUCCGGCAAAAGGCCAGUACAAUUGAUGUAGUUUCGAGGGAGGAGGCCCUGAAGUUUGUGGAGGAGCAGAAGACGUGA